ACUCUCAACUACCACCAAACUCCCAACAACGCCAUUUCCUCUUUUUCUUCAACAACAACAGCAAUGGAGCCUUCCUCUUCCCCUUCAGGUUCCAUGAAAGUUUCGCCGCUCGAUCUGAUGUCAGCGCUAAUCAAGGCCAAAAUGGACCCUUCCAACGCCUCCGCCGCCGAGAUUGCCACCAUCCUUCUCGAGAACAAAGAGCUCGUCAUGAUUCUAACUACCUCCAUUGCAGUGCUCGUCGGCUGCGUCGUCGUUUUGGUCUGGCGUAGAUCCGGUUCUCAGGAACCUAAACAAAUCGUUCCUUCUAAGCCAUUGAUCGUUAAAGAUCUCGAUGCUGAAGUUGAUGAUGGCAAGCAGAAAGUCACCAUCUUCUUCGGUACUCAAACCGGUACUGCCGAAGGCUUCGCCAAGGCUCUAGCUGAGGAGGCAAAAGCACGCUACGAUAAGGCGACGUUUAAAGUUGUAGAUUUGGAUGACUAUGCGGCUAAUGAUGAUGAAUACGAGGAGAAGAUGAAGAAAGAGAGUUUGGCGUUUUUCUUCUUAGCCACAUAUGGAGAUGGUGAACCGACCGAUAAUGCUGCUAGGUUCCAUAAAUGGUUCACUGAAGGGAAAGAGUUGGGAGAAUGGCUUCAAAACAUGAAGUACGGAGUUUUUGGCCUUGGUAACAGACAGUAUGAACAUUUUAACAAGGUUGCAAAGGUGGUUGAUGACAUCCUUGCUGAGCAGGGAGCAAAGCGCCUAGUUCCUGUGGGUCUUGGAGAUGAUGACCAAUGCAUUGAAGAUGACUUUACUGCAUGGCGUGAAUCGGUGUGGCCAGAGUUAGAUCAGCUUUUGCGUGAUGAAGAUGAUGCAACAACUGUUUCUACUCCAUACACUGCUGCUGUUUUGGAAUACCGUGUUGUAUUUUAUGAUCGUACGAAGGCACCUAUUCAGGAUAAAAACUGGAGCACUGCAAAUGGACACACUAUUUAUGAUGCUCAACAUCCAUGCAAGUCUAAUGUGGCUGUGAGGAAGGAGCUUCAUACUCCUGCAUCUGAUCGUUCUUGCACCCAUCUUGAGUUUGAUAUUGCUGGCACUGGACUUAUAUAUGAAACAGGUGAUCAUGUUGGUGUUUACUGUGAGAAUCUAGACGAAGUUGUAGAGGAAGCAUUGAGAUUGUUGGGGAUAUCACCGGAUACCUAUUUCUCUGUUCAUACUGAUAAAGAGGAUGGUACUCCACUUGGUGGAAGUUCUUUGCCUCCUCCUUUCCCACCUUGCACUCUAAGGACAGCACUGGCACGAUAUGCUGAUCUUUUGAGCUCACCAAAAAAGUCUGCCUUACUUGUUUUGGCUGCUCAUGCAUCUGAUCCAACUGAAGCUGUUCGAUUAAGACACCUUGCAUCGCCUGCUGGAAAGGAUGAAUAUGCGCAAUGGAUGGUUGCAAGUCAGAGAAGCCUCCUUGAGGUCAUGUCUGAAUUUCCUUCAGCCAAGCCACCACUUGGCGUCUUUUUUGCAUCUGUUGCCCCACGGUUGCAGCCUAGAUACUAUUCCAUCUCAUCCUCACCAAGGAUGGCACCAUCUAGAAUUCAUGUAACUUGUGCAUUGGUUCACGAGAAGACACCUACAGGUCGAAUUCACAAAGGUGUUUGUUCGACUUGGAUGAAGAAUUCCAUGCCAUUGGAGAAAAGCCAUGACUGCAGCUGGGCUCCUAUUUUUGUCAGGCAAUCGAACUUCAAACUUCCUUCCGACACUAAACUGCCGAUUAUUAUGAUUGGCCCUGGUACUGGCUUGGCUCCUUUCAGGGGAUUCCUUCAGGAAAGACUUGCCCUGAAAGAAGCUGGAGCUGAUCUAGGUCCAUCUGUAUUGUUCUUUGGCUGCAGGAAUCGGAAAAUGGAUUACAUUUAUGAAGACGAGCUCAACAACUUCGUCGACAGUGGUGCACUUUCUGAGCUCGUGGUCGCCUUUUCACGCGAGGGACCUACCAAGGAAUAUGUGCAACACAAGAUGAUGGAGAAGGCCGUGGACAUCUGGAACAUGAUUUCUCAGGGAGGUUACCUAUAUGUAUGCGGUGAUGCCAAGGGCAUGGCUAGAGAUGUGCAUCGUACUCUACACACUAUUUUGCAAGAACAGGGAGGUAUAGACAGCUCAAAGGCUGAGAGCAUGGUGAAAAACCUGCAAACUACUGGCAGGUAUCUACGUGAUGUAUGGUGAAUGUUUACACCAUGAAAAUACUGAAAGAAAAGAAUUCGCUCUCUCUAUCUAUAUACGUAUAAAUUAUAUAUAUACACAAGCCAAGGCCGGAUUGUUCGGGCGAAAAAUACGGGAAAAGCCGGAUUGUUCGCAUCAAAUCAAAGGCGAUGAGGUCUGAAAGAAAAGAAUUCGC